CCUGAGCUGGAGGACAGCGAGCCCUCUCCACCACUGGACUCGGUCGGCCUCAGUUCCCCCUCCGGAAAUUUGCCGAAGGUGCACUCGUUCUUCCCUUCCGCCAGCCCGGCCCCUGACGCGUGCACGCGCCUGUGUCUGUGUCCACGGCUCUCAAUAAAGUUGCGGAUUGUUGCCUGUUCGCGAUGUCCCGGAAGUCUCGCGAGGACUAGCGGCAGCUCCCCUUGGGCGCGCGGAGUCGGCCGGGGCUACGCUGCGGAUCCCGUGGUUCGGGGCCAUGCUGCGGCAGCUGCUUCAGCGGUACUGGGACACCCCUGACGGCACCGACUGCCAUCGCAAGACCUAUGCCAGCACCAGUAUUGGCGGCGCCACUGGCCUGGGUGUCUCCGCCUAUAGCCUCGCGCUCAACACCCCAGGCUCCUUCUUGGAAGGGGUGGCAAGGGCAGGACGAUACACGUUUACUGCAGCCGCCAUUGGCGCCAUGUUUGGCAUUGCCUCCUGUGUCAGCGCCCAGGUCCGGGAGAAGCCCGACGACCCCCUGAACUACUUCAUCGGAGGCUGUGCCGGAGGCCUGACCCUGGGGGCACGCAUGCACAGCUACAGCGUUGGUUUCACCUCCUGCGCGUGCCUGGGCACGGUUGCCGCCCUGGUCAAGAUGGGCCAGCUGGAGGGCUGGGAAGUGUUCGCGGACCCCAAGGUGUGAGGCCCCUCGGAUGAGCAGAAAUGUGGCUAAAAAUAAACCAUCUUUGUAUGUGUG